AUGUGUCCUGAGGAAUUUGAGAGUUAUGAUAAUGGUGAAGGGUGUGAUUUACCUUCUGAGCUGUUAAAGAUGGUAGAAAAAGAGGAUAAGAAAAUUCUACCGUAUAAGGAACCUAUUGAGAUCUUAAAUUUAGGGUUUGAUGUGGACAAGAAUGAUGUAAAAAUUGGCACCACUUUAUCUGAUAAAGGACUUCAAAAUUUGAUUAAAUUGCUACAAGAGUACAAGGAUGUAUUUUCUUGGUCAUACAAAGACAUGCCAGGAUUGGAUACGGAAUUGGUAGUACAUAAGUUACCAAUAAGACCAGAAUGUAAGCCAUUGCAACAAAAGCUGAGAAUAAUGAAACCCAAAAUUUUACUCAAAGUCAAAGAAGAAGUAAAAAAGAAAUUUGAUGCUAGAUUUCUUAAAGUAGCCAAGUACCCUGAAUGGGUAGCGAAUAUUGCCCCUGCAACAAAGAAGGAUGGAGGAGACUUUAACGUCAUAUUGCAACAGAAGGAAAUCUCAGACUACGAGCUCAUGGGUCCAUCAUUAACAUCAGACAUGAAGGAUUUUCAAGAUUUCACUCAAUAUCUCCACCUGCAAGACUAUCCUUUCUUUGGUUUAUCUUUCACAUGGAGUUACAAACAACAACACACUUUUCUUGCAAAGAAGCUUGAUAGGGUACUUAUCAAUCCAACAUGGGUAAACACUUUCUAUAACUCAUUUGUGGAAUUCCUUGCACCUGGCGCAUCUGAUCACUGCAUGGCACUAGUUUGGAUCAGCAGAGAGACUCAAGUUGACCGACCAAAACCUUUCAAAAUUUUCAACCUCUGGACUCUUCAUCCUAAUUUCUUAAAUGAAGUUCAGCAAUCAUGGCAAUCGCCCAUCAAAGGAAACUCGAUGAAGGCCAAAGUCCAAUGGUUAAAGGAGGGUGACAAAUACACAAAAUUCUUCCACUCAUUUAUCUUAGGAAAACACAAAAGAGACACCAUCCGGAUUCUGGUUGAUGACCAAGGUAGAAGGCUUGAAUCUUUUGAUGAAAUGGCUUCCGAGGUUACUGAUUUUUACUCUGGUCUUUUAGGCUCUAUGGACCCCAGGGUGAAGAGAUUAAAGAAUCAAUUUUCAACCAGAGCAAUGACAAAGCUCCAAGCCCUAAUGGAUUCACUCCAAUCUUUUUCAAAAAAAUCCUGGUCUGUGGUCGGAGAUGACGUUGUAAAAGCUAUUAAAUACUUCUUUCAAGAGACAUUCAUCCUUCCGACGUUCAAUGCUACUACCAUUGCGUUGGUUCCAAAAGUCCCUAAUCCCAAUAAUGUUAGAGACUUUCGGCCUAUUUCCUGUUGCUCUGUAAUUUACAAAACAAUCACAAAGAUCUUAGUCAAAAGGUUGGCUACAUUACUACCAGGAAUAAUAUCUCUCAACCAAUCAACUUUUGUCAAAGGAAGAAAUAUUGUUGACAACACCCUCCUUGCUCAAGAACUUGUGAGAGGAUAUGGAAGAAAAUCUAUCUCUCCAAGAUGUGCCUUGAAAAUUGAUCUACAAAAGGUUUUUGACUCUCUUCGCUGGGGUUUCAUUUCUUCCAUCCUAAAGGCUUUACAGCUCCCUAAUUCUUUCAUUGGUUGGAUAGAAACCUAUUAUUCUGAAGCAAGAUACUCCAUUUCUUUUAAUAGAAGUUUGAUUGUCUUCUUCAAAGGUGCAAGGGGAAUUAGACAAGGUGACCCCCUUUCUCCAAUCCUAUUUGUUCUUGCAAUGAAUGUGCUCUCUAGAAUUCUCAACAUGGUUGCUGCUAAAGGUUUGUUUGGAUACCAUCCUAAAUGUAAAAAGAUCGGCCUCACACACCUUUCUUUUGCAGAUGACCUACUAAUCUUCUGUAAAGGAAACAUCGAAUAUGUUGGUGGAGUCAUUAGCGUCCUGGACCAAUUCUAUGAAAUAUAUGGUCUUAAACUUAAUGCCGCCAAAUGUGAACUAUAUACUUCUGGAAUCUCAAUCAGAAAUCUUGACCAUAGUCUUCACUCAACAGGAUUCAAACAUGGUUGA